AUGGUUAUAUCCUCUGUUAAAGAAUCUUUCACCUUGGUCCAUAUAGUGUCCUGCUUGGUUAUAGUAGUCAUUUGCUUUGUUAUAAUAGUUUCCUGCUUGUCUUCCUACAUUGUCCAUCCAUCCUUGAACUUUUCCUCUUGUUUCAGGAUUGGAAUAAGAUUUGCUGCAUCUCGUGCUACAUCCCAACCUUUCUGUACAGUUUGUAUAAUAGGUUGUGCUUUCUCUUUAAGUAUACCUAAUGUACUCAAAAUCUUCCUUCCAACUCCAAAUACACCUCUGGCUAUUGUUCCAACUGCGGGCAAAAAUCUGGAUGCAACUCCUGCUAAUGCGCCAAAUAAACCCAUUUCUUACAGGGUAAAAAUGACGAAUCCAAACAAGGACCCCUAUGUUUCUAAAGCGACAAAGAAAGCACUCAUGGUAAAAAUCUUUAGUUCAACACCAAAUGCUUGGUUUAUGGAUAUCUUGGAAAACAUUCCGAGGUAUAGAGAAGAUGGACCUCCAUACUGGCUAAUAUUUGUCGGUCAAAACACAAGAUACUGUGAAGCCAUACCAUUACAAUCCAAAAAUAUUUUAGAUGUGAAAACUGCUUUGACAAUAUUCGUUGACAAAUACCAUCCAACAAAACUGACAUCUGACUGUGAAAGUUCUUUCAAAUCAGACGAUAUUAAAAACUAUCUGCGUUCAAAAAAUGUAAACCAAUAUUUCAUUGUCGACCAAAACCAUUCUGCUCUUGGUGUCAUUGACAGUUGUAUAAAAAUCUUAAGAGACUUAAAUCAACCACAAGGUGGUGAAGCAAAUGAAAUGUCAUAUGACGACAAAUAUAGACACUUCUCCAUGGCAAAGAUGAGACAAGUUUUAAAUAUUUACAAUAACCGUAAACAAAAAGGUUUGGGAAACCACUCCCCGAAGAAAUGA